AUGGCGGAUUCAUCUAGUAAGGCUGUUAUGACGGCCGAUGACCGUGAAGCGAAACGUCGACUCGCAGAAGCCCAAAAAACCUACGGACGUGGUAGACCGGUUUCGACAAAAAAUAUCCGCAACAAGAAGCUCAAGGGCAACCUGAAGGCGCAGGAAUUCCGACACAAACAAGCAGUUUUGCAAGCUAAGGAUGCAGAAAUCCUACUUGAGCAUGAAGCAGGAUUCCUUGAGCCCGAAAAUGAGCUGGAAAAGACAUACAAGGUCCGACAGGCUGAGAUCCAGGAAAGCGUCGGAUUGGAGACGGCGAAGAAAGGCUUCGAGUUGCGGCUCAACGACUUUGGUCCCUACCGCGCAGACUAUACCCGGAACGGUCGAAAUCUCUUGCUAGCGGGGCGGAAGGGUCAUGUUGCGACGAUGGACUGGCGCGAUGGCAAACUAGGCUGUGAGCUACAGCUGGGUGAGACUGUGAGAGACGCGCGAUGGUUGCACAAUAGCCAAUUCUUUGCGGUUGCUCAGAAGAAAUAUGUCUAUAUCUACGACCACAAUGGUGUUGAGCUGCAUUGCCUGUCUAGGCAUCUGGAGCCGCUCUAUCUUGAAUUUUUGCCAUAUCAUUUCCUGCUUGCCAGUGUUCAAAUGAGUGGCCACCUCAAAUACACCGAUACAUCAACCGGUCAAAUGGUUGCAGAGUUGCCUACUCGCCUAGGUGCCCCGACCGCUCUCUCCCAAAAUCCCCAUAAUGCCAUCCUUCACGUUGGACACCAAAACGGAACCGUGACACUGUGGUCGCCCAACUCUCAGACCGCACUUGUCAAGGCCCUUGUUCACCGUGGGCCUGUUCGGUCUAUGGCUAUCGACCGCCUGGGUCGCUAUAUGGUCUCAACAGGCCAAGAUCAGAAAAUGAGCAUCUGGGAUAUCCGCAUGUUUAAGGAGGUACAUUCAUACUCUUGCUACCAACCCGGUGCAUCUGUCUCGAUCAGUGACCGUGGCCUCACGGCUGUUGGCUGGGGUACACAAGUGAGCGUUUGGCGAGGUCUCUUCGACGCAGCCCAGGCCGAUCAAGGCAAGGUGAACAGUCCUUAUAUGGCCUGGGGUGGUGAUGGGCAACGUAUCGAGAACCUCCGUUGGUGCCCGUAUGAAGAUUUGCUUGGUGUCGCGCAUGACCAAGGCUUCGCCAGCUUGAUUGUCCCAGGUGCUGGUGAACCUAACUUCGACUCAUUGGAAGCCAACCCCUACGAGAACGUCAAGCAGCGCCAGGAGGCCGAGGUGCACUCUCUGCUUACCAAGCUUCAGCCGGAUAUGAUCUCGCUCGAUCCCCACGUCAUCGGAAAGCUCGACACCAUCAACGACAAGAAGGUGCAGGAGGCGCGCAACCCCGACCACCGGCCCGAGGACCAUAUGGAGAAGCUCAAGAACCGUGGUCGUGGACGCAACAGUGCUUUGCGCAAGUACCUUCGCAAGAGAGGCCGUACCAACGUCAUCGACGAGAAGCGCCUCAAGGUCGAAGCUUUGCGCAAGGAGCAUGCUGCUCGUGCCAAGGACAAGAAUCAACAAGAACGCGAGGACUUGGGUCCUGCUUUGUCUCGAUUCGCCAGAAAAGCUUGA